CUUUCUUUCUUCGCCCAUCAUCAUAAGUUUCCAUCAAAAAAUGUUAAGAUGCGAUGAACAGCUGCUGCUGAGUGCAACAAUUGUUCUGUUAUUAUCAUUCCCUUUYCAUCUCACAAUAAUACGACCGGAAAUAUACACCAAAGUACGGCAACUAUGACUAUUCCUCGAACCAAUUCACGCGGCCAAUGGCUUCUCGCCCUUACUACUCUCUGUUGCGUUUGCUUCGAGUCUUCAGUUGGUUUUUUGACGUCGAAUUCGCUUUCAUCUCGGACUUCCAUUGACAAGAUAUUCCUUUUCGUCGAAAAUGGUACUGGUGGUCAAGGUGGUGACAUAGCAAACGGAUUGAAAAAUUAUUCGAAGGAAGUUAUUGAAUCAAGCAAAAGCAACGAAUGGGGAAUUCCUUCCACUGAUACUCUCGACCCACUAGCUGCAAGUCCUCAAGAAAAACUCGAAAACGGAGGAAGGGUAACAUUGGUCGGAUCGGGYCCGGGAGAUCCCGAACUUUUGACCCUCAAGGCAUACAACAUCCUUCAAGAUCCCGACGCCGUGGUAAUUGCAGACAGGCUCGUCAGCCAAGAAAUUCUAGAUUUGGUGAAGGGUGAAAUCAAAGUGGCGAGAAAGCUGCCCGGUUGCGCCGAGAACGCUCAAGCCGAAAUUUAUUGGUGGACCUACCAGGGCUUGGCUUCAGGGCAACACGUGGUUCGCCUGAAGAUUGGUGACCCAUUUGUCUUUGGAAGAGGAGGGGAGGAAGUCCUUCAGUUUCGUAAAUUUGGUGUCGAAUCCAAGAUUGUUCCAGUAAGUUGUUAUCUGUCAAAUGUCAUCUGUCAUAUUUUGUCGCUGUCGUAGAAUUUUUGCYGUCGCAUUUUAUCUCACUUUUUCAAUUAUAAAUCCAUUCUGAAAAUUAUUAUAAAAAUAAUUGUAGGGAGUUUCAGCAGCUUUUUCUGCGCCAUUGCUUGCAAAUAUUCCGGUGACUCAUAGAGGAUUUUCGAAUCAAGUCGUCAUGUGUACGGGCUAUGGAAGGGAAGGAUCUUCGCCCGAUUUGAUCCAAUACCACGAGGAGCAAACAAUAGUAUUUUUGAUGGCUGUUGGUAGGUUGCGCGUAUUGUGCGAGCGUCUGAUAAGCUUGGCAGGAUAUCCGAAGGAGACACCGGUAGGUAUUAUCGAGCGAGCCGGUUGCCCGAACCAACGAACGGUCAUUGGCGAUAUGCAAACAAUUGCGGACAUUGCAGAGAAGCACAAGAUUCAAGCACCGAGCACGAUUGUAGUGGGUAAGGUUGUGAACGUCUUGUUGGAAAAGGAUGAAAGUGGAAUGGUCACUCAAGGUUUGCUACGAAACGCGACUGCUAUUUCAGUCUAAGGAAUACUSUACGUCUCCGYGGAAAAGACAACAACACAACGCGUUAAUUUUUACAUGAUUAAUCAUGGGUAGAGGCGUUAUUACAACCUUUUGCAUAGAAUCAGAGAACACAAGGGAUUUUGAAACACUGAGUUGAAUCUGCACAAGGCUUUAUGAGUUGUACGGAACUAAACAAUAUAACAAAGC